AUGAAUAGUCCUGAAUGGAUCACGAUCUUAAUUGGUUGCAUAGCAUGUUUACUUUUUGGAGGUUUUCAACCAGUGUUCGCAUUUGUACUUGCCAAAAUAGUCAAUGCAUUCAAAUAUUGUUCAACUUCUGAAAGACGUCAUCAAGUGUUGAUUACUAGCUUUCUUUUGUUACUUUUGGGUGUUCUUUUACUUAUUUUUCGUUUCUUUCAGUAUACAGCUUUUGCUAUAUCAGGAUCGAAAUUGACAAAACGUAUCCGUUCGAAAGCUUUUGCAUGUUUACUUCGUCAAGAAGUUGCAUAUUUUGAUCGACCAGAAAAUAGUUCUAGUGCCAUUUGUGUUCGCCUUUCUUCUGAUGCUUCCUCUGUUCAAGAAAUGACUGGUACACGAUUAGGAGCCAUUUGUGAAGUUGUUGCAAUGUCGAUUUUUGGAAUUCUAUUUGGAUGCUUCUUAAAUUGGCAAUUAACAUUGAUUGUUUUUCUUCCUGUUGUUAUCAUAUGUAUAACCAGUUGUGGGGAUGUGGUCUUACGCAUACGGACGAAUCAACAAUUUAAUCGUAUUAGCAAACGAGCAAGCACGCUUGCUGUUGAAGUCAUUUAUAAUAUUCGUACAAUAAAACAAUUAUCAAUAGAAAAGGAAAUGCUACGACAAUAUUCUGAACUUAUUCAUGAAGUAUUUAUAUCUCAGAGAAUCGCUGCAUCAUUCUCAGCUGCUGAAACGUUUUUCGAUUUAUUUGAUCGAACACCAGCUAUUGACAAUACAUCUACUGAAGGCCAAGAAUUAAUUGAUUUUCGUGGAGAGAUAAAAUUUGACUUGGUCAAAUUUAUCUAUCCAACUCGACCAACAUCUAUUAUUCUUAGAAGACUUCAAUUACAUAUCAAACCAAGUGCAUCCGGUUGUGGAAAGUCAACAAUUAUUCAAUUAUUAGAACGAUUCUACGAUGUUACAAGUGGCCGACUACUUAUUGAUGGCGUUGAUAUUCGAAAGCUAAAUCUACAAUGGGUUCGUUCUCGUUUUGGUCUUGUCAGUCAAGAACCAAUUUUGUUCGAUUUAACAAUUGCUGAAAAUAUAGCAUAUGGCUUAGAAAACGUUCCAAUGGAUGAUAUUAUCAAUGCAGCAAGUAAAGCUAAUAUUCAUCAAUUUAUUGAGCAAUUGCCUCAGGGUUAUGAGACAAAAGUAGGAUCGAAAGGUAGUUUUCUGUCAGGUGGUCAGAAACAACGUAUUGCUAUUGCUCGAGUUCUUCUUCGUCGACCUAAAGUAUUGCUCUUAGAUGAGGCUACAAGUGCCAUGGAUUCAUACAAUGAACAAGUGAGUUUGCUUCUUUUUUUUAUUUAUCAAUUAGAAGCUCUUGAUGAAGCUCAAACAGAAGAUUCCAGUCGAACAUCAAUCAUUAUUGCUCAUCGUCUUUCAACAAUUCGUUCAUGUGAUUUGAUUUGUGUAUUUGAUAAAGGACAAAUAGUGGAGAGUGGUACUCAUACAGAAUUGAUACAACAACGUGGAACUUAUUAUAAAAUGCUUGCUCAAAACAAUUUACAUUGA